AUGGUUCGAACACGAAAUGCAGAGAAGUCUGCCCAGGACGAGGGCAAAGAAGAGCCAGUUCUUGAGCAGCCGACCGAGAACGAGGACACCCGCGAAUCACCCGCCGACAGCCCCGCCGAGAAGGGAGAUGCUCCUUCAGAAGAACAGAAGGAUGCUGCUGCACCUCAAGCGAACGAUAGAAUGGCCAGAUUCAAAGCCCUGCAAGCUCGAGCUGUAGGUGACCCCCAACUGAAACUGGCCCACGGGCCUGGUCCCAAUGAUUGUAUAACUGACAAUGUUCAGAAAUCCGCGACUGAACGCAACCUCAAAGAGACCGCAGCUGAAUCUCAGCGCUUGACCACCGACCCGGCAUUGCUGAACAACUUAUCUCGCAAGCACGCAUUUGCUUCCCACAACCUCCUCAAAGCAGACACCGAAGCAGCUGGUGAAGACUUCGAGCGCAAGCGCGCAUGGGACUGGACCGUUGACGAAUCCGAGAAAUGGGACAAGCGCAUGGAUAAGAAGUCGCGCCACCGAAAGGAUGUGGCUUUCCAGGAUUAUUCCCAGGAUGCCCGAAAGGUCUACAAAAGACAACUACGAGAUCUCCCCCCGAAUAUCGAAGCAUACGAAAAGGAAAAACUUGCUGCUAUCGAAAGAGCCGCAGCAAGUGGAGAUCUUGAAAUUGUGGAGACCGAAGAUGGUGAAAUGAUUGCAGUCGAUAAGAAUGGGAGCUUCUACUCUACUGCAGACUCAACAGGCUUCACAGACAGCAAACCGGACCGUUCUGCUGUUGACAGACUGGUCGGCGAUAUCCACAAGGCAGAGGAGGUGCGCUUGAAGAAACGCAAGGAGCGCCGUGGUGGCGACGAUGACUCGGAUGUGACAUACAUCAACGAGAAGAAUAAGCAGUUCAACCAAAAGCUGGCUCGCUUCUAUAACAAGUACACAACGGAGAUCCGAGACAGCUUCGAACGCGGCACUAUGAUUUAA